UUCAGCUAGGAAGCAACUCCAUGCACAGAUUCAAUGGACUUUUUACUUCAUUGCAUUCUCCACCUCUUAAUGCUUCCUCCCUGUGCACAAGAAUCAGGGUCUUUACAGAGAAUAAGGCACAAGAAUUAUGAAACAGCUGUCUUGGGAAGAAACGUGACCCUCUUCUGCAACUUCUCAAGUCUGGCAAAUGUCUUGCAAAUCACCUGGCAGAAAAUCCAAGGCUCUUUGCCUCACAAUAUUGGCACUUACAGCCAUACAUAUGGAGAAAAGAUUCUCCCACCAUAUGUAAACAGGCUGCAGUGUAAGACUCUGGAACCCAGCGCCUCCUUCAUGACUAUCCAAGGAGUGACAUUUGAAGAUGAAGCCUGCUACAAGUGUCUGUUUAACAUUUUUCCACGAGGCAGCCAUGGAGGACAAACCUGCCUUACCAUUUUAACUGUAUCUGAACUAGUAACUGAGCUCCAGUCUGCUCCUGGCUCUGAAGAUCUUCAUAGCCUUCUUUGUUCAGCUGUGGGAAAGCCUGCCCCUGGAAUCUCCAUUUACCCUUCACAAGUCACAGUGCAGGCACCGCAAGAGUACUUUGUUCAGAAUGCCAAUGCUACAGUGACUGUCACUAAAAUCUACAACAUCUCUUUGAAAACUGCAAGGUCCCUGGGUCUCCAGAACCUGGUUGUGUCCAUGACUCACCCCGUAAGAAAUGAAGAGAAGAUAGUCCAUCUGCCAGUCAAUCAAGGAGGCGCUCAUGCUUUGCUUCAUGUUCCAUGUUAUCCGAUUCCUCACACUGAAGGUACCACGAAUCCUUGUUUAAACUGGAUGAUAACUGCAAUUGCAUUCAUCAUUUUGUUUUUUGUUUCGUGCAUCAUCAGUGCUGUUCUCUAUAUUUAUUUCCAAAAGAAAAGGUCAGAGAAGGUGCCUAAACCAUCACCAACACAGGAUCCUUAUAAAACAUCAACUCUGAUGCCCCCACCACCAUCAACAGAGAGUGAGAACCUAAUAACCCACACCACCAGACAGAUAUUGGAAGAGAAGAUCCUCUGCUCUGAAAUCCCACCCAAUUAGGAAACAUCCCAGUUGCAGAUCAACCCCCACAUCCAUGAUCACAGAUGUAACCCAAAACCCAGUCCCAACACCUGGCAUAAUACAAUCAAACAAGUAAAGGAAUUGAACAAAACUGUCCAGAAUCUAAAAAUGGAAAUAGAAACAUUAAAAACACACACACAAAUGGAGACAACUCUGGAGAUGGAAAGCCAAGGAAAGACAGUAGGAGUCACAAAUGUAAGCAUCGCCAGCAGAAUACAAAAGAUAGAAGAGAAUAUCUCAUGUAUAGAAGAAACCAAAGAUACCCAC